UAUGCCUAUUACUGCCGAAAUUUGCGCAGUUAUUGAAAAUGAUAACAUAACUGACUCUGUUGAUCGUGGACUCAGAUGUCAAUUAGUUUUAAACAAAACAAAUUUCUAUGCUGAAGGGGAUGACCAAACUGGAGAUGAAGGUGUAAUUUCAUGUCAGGCCUUUGUAUUUAAAGUUAUCAAUGUAUAUAAAGUCAAUGGGUAUGUCUUCCAUGAUGGCUAUGUUGAAGAAGGCAAAGUGAAAUCUGAAAGUGAAGUAAACUUGUUUGUAAAUAAGGAACAUCGCUUAGCUUGCUCACAAAACCAUACUGCUCUUCAUUUACUUAGUUCUGCAUUGAAACAAGAGUUACCAUAUUUUUAUCAACAGUAUGCUCUUGCUGGACCUAAGGAACUUUAUCUUUCUUUUACUACUAAGGCUUUAUUGUCUGCUGAACAACUUAAGAAUAUUGAAAAAAAAAUUAAUGAUUGUAUUUGUGCUAAUGUGGAUGUUGUGAAAUUAAUUAUUCCUGUAAAUGAACUGAAAGAGUUCCCUCAGUAUAAAUCAUCACUUUUAAAAGACUUUAAAGAAGAUAUUCCAGUUAUCAUAAUUGAAGAGAAUGCUGGUAAAAGUAAUUUAAAAUCUACAGAACCAUGUAUUGGCACACAUGUAUCUCAUACUUCAGACCUAGAUAUAUUUAUUAUAACAUCUCAUAAAACUAACAAAAAUAAAGAAAAAGUUAUUAGAGCAGUUACAGGCAAACAAGCAAGAGUUGUUCAGAUGGAUGGUAAAGCAUAUGAUGAUACGAUGUCACAGCUAGAGCAACAUGUCACUUCUUGUUUGGAAAAAUCAAAGGUAGACUAUUUGGAAUUGUGGGAUUGUUUGAAGGAAGUAAAAUUAGCAAAGGGAUAUCAUGAAACUGAACUACCGUUUCUUUUAUUCAGGGACCAUCAAAAUAAAUUAACUGAACUCACAAAAAAAUUAACAGAGGCCACUGAUGUUUUUGUACAAGAUGGUUUUCAAAAGGUAAAGUCUGAGAUGGAAUUAGUUCUAAAAGAUUACUCUAAUGAAAAAUUUAUCGUUCACAAACUUCAGUCUGUUGGUGAUGGCAAAAAGAUAAUUAAUUUUGCUCUAGAAAAUUCAGGAGGGAAACCUGCAUUGUAUUUUGCCCAAGAUGGUCACAAAACUGUUAUUUGCUCAUGUGUUGUGCCAGAGCAAUUUGUUCAGUCAUCAUUUUCUGCACUUUUGUGGAUCAAUCCUGUAGCAGCACUACUAAAUGGACGGGCACGAAGCCUAGCCAAAGAUCCAACAUUAGUAUAUUCUGUGAUAUGUGAAAGAGUAGACAGAGUUGAUGAAGCUAUUGAUGUAGCAAAACAAUUUGUACAAUCACAUUUAAAUUAAUUCUGUAUAAUUUAUUUCACUUUACAUUAAUGAAAUAAACAUAUUCUAAAAUUUUA